CGUGGCACUCCGGCAUUAAAUCCUUUCAUUUGGCCAUAAAAUUAGGCACUUUAAAAGGCGGCAAUUGAUAGUAAAAUGUCAAAAAAUGCGACGCGAACGAGCAGCAAGAACGCCAAAACGGAAGUGCCCAGGAAGGUCACCAAAUCACCGGCAACAAGUGGGUCACAAGCGACCACAAGGGAGCCAAAGGAGCGAAGGUCACUGGUCAGGCAGCCGGAUAGCCUGGAAGGCGAAAAAAUUGCCAGGAAAACCACAACAGCAACACAACCUUCGACCAGCAAAAAGCCAUUGAGCACGGGGAAAAACAAGGAGAGGGAAGCCUUGAGCAAAAGGACCACUCCGUCGCCAGGUGCUUUGCGUGCCAGCACCACCACCAGGCAGGCAACCACAAACCCACCACCAUCCCUACAGUCCAGGACCAAAACAAAGCCGGUGACCAAGGCCAAACCCAAUGCAGUUCUGGACACUUACCACAGUGUUACGGUCGCUUCGCCACCACAAAAGCGCAAACAGGAGAAGGAAUCACCCACACCUCCUUCCAAAGGAUAUUCCCCUGUUGCUCAGGCGAAAAAAGAACAUAAAGCAGAUGCUCCUGCUGCACCAGCCAGAGCCAGAACCUUUACCCGCACUUUGGAUCCCGAGGAAGUGGUGGUUCUCAAGCGCGAAUCCGCCAAACAAAGGAGCCAAGUGGAGACCCAGGAAUCACAGCCUGUAAAACAGCCCGUGGCCUUCGAAGUCAAGUUCGAGGAGAAAGCCAAAAAGCCAGAUCCCGAAUCCGAUCACUACUCCGAUGACUUUGAGUCCUAUGAAUCCGAUUUCGAGACGGAUGACAGUACGCCAGGAGAGGAUGAAGAACCCUCAGAACCCUCAUCCUCCGAGGCGGAAGUGGAAGAGGAGCCGGAAGAAGAGGACUCGGAGCCCACCCAGAAUCCCAUUACCGUCAUCCAAAGGGACAAAGAUCAGGAGCGGAAGUUGGACUCCGGCCACUACGACAUGCACUUGCGUCGGAAUCCCCUGAGCACUCAGUCCACGCAGAAUCAGUACGAUAGCUUCGAUACCAACUCGAUGGCCAAUUCGGAGCAACUGGACUCGGGCAUCAGCACCACGGGAGCAGAGAAGCCGCCGAGUGGAGAGUCCAACGUUUACUACGGUGGCUACUCGGGAUUCGUUUCCCAUCCCGUGAUCACGCGUCGCGGCGAGGAGCUGAUGGCCAAGCUGCGCUUCGACCAGCUCAACUACCAGCUAUUCGAGAUGAAGCCCCUCAGCUACGAGGGAUUCAUGCAGAGCUACGGCAAGCUGAAUGCCUGCCAGCUGGCCACGCAGACGCAGUUGUCGCUUUUGGAUGGCGAGUGCCAGACGCUGGAGGUUCACAGCCGGAGCAGCUGGACGCAGCAUCCACCUCACUACGGUGGUCAGCUAAUCCUCAGCUGCAGUGGUGAUGCGGAUAUAGAAGAUAAACAAAGUAACCAGCCGUUGGAUAAAUAUGAAGCCAGCCUUUCGCGCUUGGAGCAACUGCAUCGCCUGGAGCAGACUCGCUCACAGCAGCAGCAACAUAAGAGAUUGGCCAAGACCACGGAUCUGGAGCGUCUGAAUACGUUUCUGCACAAGGCAGCCCGUCUGAUGGGUCGAGUUUUGGAGGGCAAUAAAACCCGGAAUCAAAACAGUAGUCCAAGGAAUAUACCCCUCCAAACAGGACUCCUAAACGCUUUACCCUGUCGUCGAAUCUUCGGAAGCUCCGGCAACGGACAACUGGUGGUGACCGUUCACGAAUGUCCCCAGGAGAGCAACGUCUACAGGGAGGACUUUGCCAGUCUGCUGAUGGUCUGGUCACUGGCCAAUCCCGGCCAGCCGUUGCGUCUGCUCUCCACCUGGGCGGAGGUCAGCCGAGUGGUUAUCUCUGGCGAAGCCCAGGAUAUCGUGGUGGCCGGACUGAGGGAUGGCAGUGUGGCCAUGUGGGAUCUGCGCGAGACGCACAGCUACUGCUCCAAGUUGGAUGGCCACCUGACCCACUUUGCAGCCACGCAAUCAGUGGUUCCCAUGAUGGAGCAAAAGCAGCAGGAGGCUAAUGCCAUGGAUCUGGGAGCCGUGGUGGAUGUGCGAAGCUUUAGACCGCAGCCAAAAGGAGGAGGAAUUGCUGGUGGUUUGCAGGCGGCCUAUAAGGAAGUUCAGUAUGCCUCGCUGAACGACUGUGGCCUGCUGACCAUGUGGACUCUGGUGGAGGGAGCCUCGUCCAGCAAUAGCCACGAGUUCAGCUCACCUUGGGCUCGGGUGAAACUGCUGCAGAGUGCCAGCUGUGAUCUGAGGAGCUAUCUGGAGCGACGCCUGCAGAAGAGCCAUCAAAGUGCCUACGAGAAGACGAAGUCCUUGUUCCAGGGCAACAUCUACAGCGACGACCUGCUGAGGGAGCUGAACGAGACCCAAACGCUGACCACCGCUCUGCAGGAUCACGGGUUGCAGGGGCUGCGCUUCACCAGCAUCGAUACGGGUAGUGAUCUGAUCUAUGUGUGCACCAACCGGAAUUUUGUGCUCUGCUGCACGCGGAGCUUAAAGACGGAACGCUUCUCGAGGAUCGCCGUGAACGAGAGUCGUUUCCUGUUCCCCACCUCACUGUGUGUGCUCUCCAACGAGAACUAUGUGGCCGUGGGUCUGUCGAAUGGAUCUGUGAUGAUACUCAACUGCAAUCAGCGGCAGAGGCAGCAGAGACAGAAGAAUCACCAGAGACCCAAGACCGCUGUGCCGCCGGCCACCGAUGAGCCCGAUCCCGAGACGGGCAAGUCCUGCGCCAUCCAGAACAUCAUACUCAACGAGCGAAGAUCCUUCGACCAGCAGGUGGAUGUGGAUCCCAAUUCCACCUACGAUCCCCGACCCAAUACAGCUCUGGAGCAGAUUGAGCGACCCAGGCGAUCCUACGAAAUGAGGGUCUUCGAUCAGCAGCUGCUCCUCAGCGGCAGCGGACUGCGUCAGCAUCUCGUCCAGGCCCUGAUCCUCUCCAGCGAUGGCUGGAGGCUCUCUGCCCUGACCAAUGGCACGGUGCGCACCUACGAUUUUUACCGCGACAGGGAGAUGCCCGGUGAGCAGCCGACGGAAAGUCGCUCCAAAGUCACGGACAUCGCUGGAGCUCGCAGUUCUGGACCCGAGCAGAUCCUGCUCAUCCUGGACGCCACUGGAAAGGUGCAAGUGAACACACUUGACUACUAGCUUGUUAAAUAUUUUACCUUUUGUAUGCGUUUGUUGAAACCUUUUUAAAAGCAAAUAAAGUCGA